CACAAGUCGAUUUGUAAUCCCAUCGAUAUGUGUCUGUCCUUGCGAAGGUCAGAUCCUGUAGUUUGCAGGUGCACGAAGGGCAGCAGCGGGUUGCUUGAGAGCUUGGCUGUUAUUCUUUACAGCUUGCUGUGAUUGUAAACGACGCCCUCAGUCGGGUCCUUGUCCGUGUGUUGGUGGCGUUCCAGGCGAAAUGGGUCGAAGAUUUAUUGUCGGUGGAAAUUGGAAGAUGAAUGGAGAUAAGAAGAGUAUCGAGGAAAUCCUGGGAUUUCUGAGGCAGGGCCCGUUGGACGAAAGUGUCGAGAUAAUAGUUGGCGUGCCAGCUAUAUAUCUGGACUACGUGAACCAGAAGCUGCCUGGAAAUGUUGUGGCUGCGGCACAGAAUUGCUACAAGGUCCCAAAAGGUGCUUUUACAGGUGAAAUAAGCCCUGCAAUGAUCCUGGAUAUUGGCGUUAAAUGGGUUAUUAUUGGCCACUCUGAGCGAAGAAAUGUUUUUGGUGAAACAGAUGAACUCAUUGCAGAAAAAUGUGCGCACGCUCUGGAGUCGGGCCUUUCGAUUAUUGCGUGCAUCGGGGAGAAGCUGGAGGAACGUGAAGCGGGACGUACCACGGAUGUCGUGUUUGCACAGACAAAGGCAAUCGCUGACAAGAUAACCGACUGGAGCCGCGUCGUGCUGGCAUAUGAACCUGUAUGGGCAAUCGGCACUGGGAAGACUGCAACCCCUCAGCAGGCUCAAGAGGUGCACCAGCAGUUGCGGUCGUGGCUGUCGACGAACGUGUCCCCGCAGGUGGCAGAGCAGACACGCAUAAUGUACGGUGGCUCCGUCACAGGGGCCAACUGCAAGGAGCUGGCGCAGGAGGCAGACAUCGACGGCUUCCUGGUGGGUGGCGCCUCACUCAAGCCGGAGUUCGUCAACAUCGUCAACGCCCGUGUCUGUUGAUUGGCCCAGUCGACGGGUGUGCUACGCUACUGCCAGUUGACCUGUUAUUCCUUUCCCAUUCUUACGUUACCUUCGUACCCGCACAAAGGUUUCGUUCUUGAGUUGACUUCCUGUGCAUACCAUCAGAGAAUGUUAUUCAGUGGCUAUGCCAUUUGCAUGUAUAAAUGUUGCUGAAAUAUUAAAAAAAGUAUUUAUCGGACAAAAUAUGAGGUUAUUUUCUUCCUCUCAUUCAACAUCAAGUGGUGUAAUGUAUUCACUGUUUUGUUGUGUCUAAUCUUAGAUUCUUUUUGGAAUCUUGAAGUUAUCAGACAGAAUAUGCAGCAAGCAAAAGGUUGUCUUAACAUUGUACAGAAAUUGAGUUGAGCAACAUGAGAGGAAGACAGGCAGACAGUUUUGUAACCAGUCACCUAUGUUACUCAUUCUGUACACAGUGAGCAGUAUAAGAUGGAACUAUAAAUAAAUCUUAUCCUGGCAGUGACAUUGUAAUUGUUGGAAUCAGCAGAGGACAAGGGAUCAGCAGUACAGUAAAUCCCAUUAGCAAUAGAAGAGAUGGUUAGAGAUGUUUUUCAAAUAAUCAAGCUUUUCUCUGAAAACCGAGUGUCCCAAAUUUCUGAGAAAAGGCACUAUGUUCAGUUAUCUACAACAAAUAGUCAUACCAACAAAUGAUGUAGCACAUGAAUAAAAGUGAUUAG